AGAAAUUAUAUUGAUGAGUGACUAAAGUACAUCAAUCAAUGCACUAAUUAUCUGAAUUGCAAGUUUGGCGUUAUUUGGCGGGAAAACGAUUAGUGGGGAAGUCUCUUUUCCACCUCUGGUUUGGUAUCAACAAUUUGGUACAACCACAUGUUUGCGCGCGCACAACUUCCGGGAACUUCUCGAAUGUACUGUACUCCACUCAAGACGCCUGGUAGUCUCACUGGUGUGUACUUUUGAAUCACUUCAGUAGCUGAUGGAUUUCCUCGCGGGCACAACACUUUAGUUGGUUAUACCAUUCCUAUCGAAGAACAUCUCAAUGGUUCUCGGGUUAAGUUUCGCUUUCAGAGAGUGAUUUAAUGUUUAGCUGAGAAAAUCCCAGAAUAUGGAUAUUUGAAAUAAUUCCAAAGUACUUCAGUUGAGUCGUGUGCUGUAGCAUAAAUCAAAAAUUGAGUGAAAAAUAGAGUGAAAGACAUUGGUGAAUUGUAUUUUAUGCUUUUAUUGUUGGAAAGUAAUGAAAGAUUGUGAAUUUUCUUUGAGACACUUUGGCUUCAUCAUCAACUUUGGGAAGUGGAAGAGUGACUAAAUGAGGGUGAUUGCGAGGAAUAAGCCGUUCUUAAAACCAUUUUGGUGACACUUUUGGAAGGGGCUGGAGAUGAGGAACCUCCUGGACGCCCUGUGACGUCCGAAAUGGUAUCCUUCUGGCCUUUGGUCAUUCUGCUGGCCUCGUGGACAAUGGGUCAGAUACAACUUACACAGAGGAAUAAUCAUGCAAACAUCUCUGAUCUGUUGGACAAUCUGCUCCGUGGGUACGACAAUAGUGUUCGACCAGACUUUGGAGGGAGGCCGGCUGUAAUUGAAGUUGACAUUAUGGUGAGGAGCAUGGGACCAAUAUCCGAAGUGGACAUGACCUACUCGAUGGAUUGCUACUUUAGGCAAUCCUGGGUGGACCGUAGGCUGGCAUUUCACGCAGCCCAGGAUACCCUGGCACUCAGUAUAUCGAUGUUAGCUAGAAUCUGGAAACCAGAUACGUACUUCUACAACGGAAAACAGAGCUACUUACACACCAUUACAACUCCAAAUAAGUUCGUGAGACUUCAUCAGGAUGGUCGGGUCCUGUAUUCUAGUCGAUUGACCAUUAAAGCUGGCUGUCCUAUGAAUUUGGAGGAUUUUCCUAUGGACGUUCAGAGAUGUCCUUUGAAAUUUGGCUCAUUUGGAUAUACCACAGCGGAUGUCGUCUAUCGAUGGAACCAAAAGCGUCAGGUGGCAAUUGCAGAGGAUAUGAAGCUCUCACAAUUCGAUUUAGUGGAUUGUCCUGCUGAAAAUGUCACAGACACAGUUCUUCACGGAGACACAGCUAAUCAUUCGGCACACAAGACAUACGUCGCUGAGUAUUCCAUGCUGCUGGUGAAUUUCCAUCUGCAAAGACACAUGGGUAACUUCCUCAUUCAGGUCUAUGGACCAUGCAUCCUCCUCGUGGUGCUCUCCUGGGUGUCCUUUUGGCUCAACAGAGAGGCUACAGCUGAUAGAGUAUCGCUUGGGAUCACAACAGUACUUACAAUGACUUUUCUUGGUUUGGAAGCACGCACAGAUCUGCCCAAGGUGCCCUAUCCGACAGCUUUGGAUUUUUUCGUAUUUCUCUCCUUUGCAUUUAUCUUUGCAACGAUUCUUCAGUUCGCAGUUGUUCACUACUUCACCAAGUAUGGAUCUGGCGAGUGUUACUUCAGUGCUGAAGACUUCAAUACGGACUCAGAGACAGAAAGUGAAGACGAAACGACACCUUUGAAGGCAAAUGGGGCUAAAGGGAAGCAAACAUCAACUGUUAAUGUAUCCAAUGGCGCGAAUAUGUUUGAAGUUAUCCCAUUAUCAGUUUGUUCGAUUCCAACUACACCAACUAAAACCACUCGACGAUCUUUCUUAGAGAUUUUAUGCUGCAGAAAAACAAUUGAUAAGGACACGAUUUACACUAUGACACCGAGUACUGCAGGAACAGUUCACUUUCGGCAGGGAUCCUUCACAUCUGUGGCAGCAGAAGGAAAAGUUAGGAGCCAAAAGAGGCGGAAGAAGCAGACACCGCGAUUUAAUUCUGUCUCGAAGAUUGAUCGCGUAUCCAGGAUCGUUUUUCCUCUGCUAUUUUUAGUCAUUAAUUUAUUCUACUGGUAUUUGUAUCUAUCAAGGAGCUCCAGGCUGCCAAACUCUUCUAAUGAUACUUAAUAAAUUGAUUCUGUUAAAAAAUAAAGUUACUAUUACCUGUUUCA